AUGGGAUUUGUUUUACUGAAUCAAGUGGAAGAGCAGCUGAUUGAGUUUCUUCCGAGGAGUGGGAUAUACACAAAAGGAAAGCUAUAUAACUGCAAGAAUGAAGAGAUAUGCAAUGGCACUGAGAGUGAAGUGCUGCAGGAUGCACGCAGGGCGGCAGAAGCACAUCGAAGGAUUCGAUACAGGCUUCAGCAGAGACUCAGGCCAGGAAUGACGUUUCUUGAGAUUGCAGAGUGUGUUGAGGAGUCAACGAGGAUUCUUCUGAAGGGCGAGAAGAACGAGGGAAUAGGAUUUCCUGUGGGGAUGUCUAUGAAUUCGUGUGCAGCACACUACACGGUGAAUCCUGGUGAGGGAGAUAUGUUCCUGGGUGAAGAUGACGUGUUGAAAAUUGACUUUGGAACACACUCGAAUGGAAGAAUCAUGGACUCUGCAUUUACAGUUGCAUUCAAUCAUGAGUAUGAGCCACUGCUUGCUGCAGCAAAGGAGGGUAUGGAGACUGGCAUCAGGUCGUUGGGAAUCGAUGUCAGAGUGUGCGACAUAGGCAGGAACAUCUGCGAGGUGAUGUCAAGUUACGAGAUGAUGGUUGAUGGAAAGAUGGUGCCAAUAAGGCCAAUUUCUGACUUGAACGGACAUUCAAUAUGCCAGUUCAAGAUCCAUGGAGGAAUAUCAAUUCCUGCAAUUAACAACAAGGACACAACAAAGAUUGUUGGAGACAUGUUCUAUGCGAUAGAAACAUUUGCAACAACGGGAAGAGGCACCAUAGAUGACAAGCCGCCAUGCUCGCACUACAUCUUGAAUGCCAAUAAGUCAAGGAAGCUAUACAACAAGGAUUUGAUAAAGAUCUAUGAGUUCGUCAAGGAAUCGUUUGGAACACUGCCAUUCAGUCCAAGGCAUCUAGAGCAUUACAAUCUAAUCGAUGGUGAUGUAUUGAAGAAUCUGAAUCUGCUGACAAUGAUGGGGUUGCUGAUUCCAUAUCCCCCACUGAAUGACAUCCAAGGUAGCAGGGUUGCUCAAUUCGAGCACACUGUAUAUCUGAGUGAAGCGGGAAAGGAGGUGCUCACAAGAGGAGAUGACUAUUAA